GGUCUUAUGAAUCACAAAUCCACAUGAACCCAAAGAACCAAUUUCUCUGAACAUCAAUUCUCCACAUUACCCCAUCAAUCAUACCAUUCAUUUUCAUUCUUUCUCUAAGAAACAAGCUCUCAGAGAAGACAAUGGUGGGUUUUGAACAAUGAAGAAGAAGAGAAAGUGUGGGUUAUGCUUGUUCCAUGGCCUGCCAUUAUGCUUACUAUGCUUCCUUUUCACCUUCAGUAACAUUGAGAGGCUUUGGUGCCAAGAACAGAGAACCCAGGCCUUUUCAAGUACAUCUUUCUUCCAUUAGCAGUCCUGUUAGAGCCUCCUACAAUACCCUUGUCUCUGAGGCUGCAAGGCUUUUGGUUCCUACAGCAAUUUUCGAAGCUUCAAAACUCAAAGUUGUCUUCAUGGGAGAGGGGCUAAAAAGUUAUUCUGCAAUAAUCCCAAGAACCUACAUCCUCUCCCACUGUGACUUCACUGCUAACUUAACAUUGACCAUCUCAAAUGUCAUCAACCUUGAUCAGUUGAAAGGGUGGUAUAACAAUGAUGAUGUGGUUGCUGAGUGGAAGAAAGUGAAAGAAACCAUGUUUCUGAAUGUGCAUUGUUUUGUAAGCGGUCCAAAUCUCUUGCUUGACGUUGCUGCUGAGUUUAGAUACCACAUUUUCUCCAAGGAAUUACCUUUGGUACUUAAAGCUGUGCUUCAUGGAGAUUCAGUCCUUUUCGCAGAACACCCUGAGCUAAUGGAUGCUUUAGUAUGUGUUUACUUUCAUUCCAGUUUGCCCAAGUACAAUCGCAUGGAAUGUUGGGGACCGCUUAAGGAUGCUGCUGAGGGGAAACCGGGAGAUCAAGUUAAAGGUUUGUUGACUGCAGAUAAAGAAAGUUCAUCUUCACCGUCAAAAUGGGGAAGAAGUCCAAAAUCCAUCUUUCAAGCUUUAUUUACCUUCCUUCUUUGAUUUGUUUGCUGGUCGACAUGCUGGUUUCUUGGUCUCAUAUAACUGCAACACAAACCAGCCAAAGACAAGUAAAGUGGAUAAACAAUACAAAAAAAAGGUUCAAUUUCGAGACUCAAAAAGCCAAGGAACCCAUUUCAUGAAAGAGGGGUUUUAUUUUCUUCUGAUUCUUUGCAUGUGAUUGAAGCAUUUAUUGAAAAUCUAAAAUGCACAAUUCUUCUGCAACUGAGGCCAUUUGUUCAUUCAUUAACUAAUGGCUAUUUUCUUUGUUGCUUUGUAAAUCAACAUUAAUGCUGUUAUUACACUUUUAUUAUAAGCUUUGCA